AUGAGUGUCCCUAAAAGAAGCAGAGAAGAUGAUAGACAAGUGGAAGCAGAAGCCUUAAUGCUUUUGUCUCGUUUUAACAACACCGUUUCUACACCAUCAGAUCAUCUUCACAUUAACGAUUUUGAAUGCAAAACUUGCAAUAAGCGCUUUCCGUCUUUCCAAGCCUUAGGGGGUCACCGUGCAAGUCAUAAUAAACGAUCAAGAUUACUCGGAGAGUUUCUUGUUGAAACAAAGAAGAAUAAGUUGCAUAAAUGCUCUAUUUGUGGUGUGGAGUUUUCUUUGGGUCAAGCCUUAGGUGGUCACAUGAGGCGUCACCGUGAUGAAAUUAAUAAAACAACAACUCAUGAAAAGACGAUGAUUCCGAUUUUGAACAAGUCAAAUAGCAGCAAGAGGAUAUUUUGUUUGGAUUUAAACUUAAGCCCUCGUGAUGAUAAUGUUGAUUUCAAGUUAUGGCCAACAACACCAAUUGCAUCUCCUGUUUUGAGAAUUUUUAUUUAA